UCCUUGCUCCCCAUUAAGGAUUGGCACCUUUGGGGAGUGCGGGCAAGUGUGUACCCGAAAUUGACAGGUACCCGCUCCCACGUCUGCUGCGAUCACCUAGGCCAGGGAAGCGAAAGUUGUCCUCCUCCCCUCCUUCCCUGUAGUCUUCUGGGACACGUGACAGGUCCCAGAAGACUACGGGACUAUUCAAAAAGCGCAGCACUACUCGCACAUGUGCAGAGAGCACCCGGCUGUGAAGCUGCAAGCUGUCACAGCUGGGUGCCCACACUGAAGAUGCUGGUGCCGGGAACACAGGGCUGCUGGUGAAACUGG